GGAAUGAACACCCCUUCUGAAGUCACAUGGUUCAAACAUGACCGCGAACAGAAUCAGCAGGACUGUGCUCCUUCACUAGACAACAAAAAUGUUUCUGGCCGAGACUUAAUCUUCAGUUUUUGGUCUAACUUAAGAAACGAAUGUGAAAAUGCAACAUGAAACCAUCAAAGCUACCUGUGAAGCUGUCAUCUCGAAGAGGAGGGAGCCUUCCCCCCGCUCACAUACUGGGGUCCCCCAGUCUGCCGAACCUGACAGGAGAGAGAGAGCACCCUCUCCUCAAUGCAACACUCAGCGAUGAUGGAAAUCACUCUCAAGAUGAAGGGAAGGUACAUGGUGUACGCUACAUCACUGAGGAUCUCAGAAAUUACUGUCAAGAUGAAGGGAAGGUACAUGGUGUACGCUACAUCACUGAGGACCUGAUAAAGAGGGUAACUAAACAAGAUGACCUCCCCUCUGUCCAGACCCUCAACCUUUGUGGGACCAAACAUGACAAAAAGAUUAAGUGGAUUGAGAAUCUGGAGAGGUGUGAGAAACUGCAGCUGCUUAAUCUUAGUCACAACAUCAUCCAGAAGAUGGAGAAACUGGACAGGCUGAAUAGACUUAGGGAGCUGGACCUGUCCCACAACAGAAUACGUAAGCUGGAGGGCCUUCAGCACAUGGGGAGUCUCCAGCUGCUCAAUCUGUCCUAUAACCUGAUCGAGAGUGUCCCCUUGUGGCUGUCCAAGAGACUGCGCUCCCUCACAACACUCAAUCUGCAGGACAACAGCAUCUCCUCGCUGCAUGAGUUGUGUAGGCUAAAGUCCCUGGUGAGUCUAACCCAGCUGAGGGUGUGUGGGAACCCUUUGAGCCAGCGGCCUCACCACCGCCCUCUCCUCAUCUACCACCUGAGGGCGCUACAGCUGCUGGACACACAGUCUGUGAGCCAGCAGGAGAGAGAAGAGGCUCACCAGCGCUUCCAUAUGGAAGAGGUAGCACGUCUGGAGCAGGAGCUGGAGCAGCGGAUUGAGGAGGUGGAGAAGAUGCAGAGGGAGCGUGAGGCUGCAGUAACACAGCUACACCAGCAGGAGGCGGUGUACCACAGCCUCCAGCAGCACAGCCAGCAACAGCAGCAGCAACAUGAAGAGCUUCAAACAGAACUGGACUCCAAGACUGAGCUGCCUUCUGCUUUUGGUACUCUGCUGGAUUCUGUAUGUCAGCUCAAGCAGAAGACGGUGGAGCUGUCGCGUGGCUGUCAGAAGCACUACGCACUGGAGCAGGAGCUUGCCUUCCUCAAGAUAGACGCCAAAUUUGAGCCACUGCCGUUUUACUCAGAACAGGUGAGUUUGAUCCAGGACAGAUACGUUUUACCCUGGCUAGGUGAUUUUGACUAAUUCUGAUAAGGGUCACUGAUUUUUUAUUCUAAUUAUGGAAGUCACUGCCUCGUUUUACUGUCUAUAGAGAUCUUUUUCAAUGCAUGAGGAUAGUUAUGUAGUGUUGAUGGCCAUACCACCUGUGUCUAAAGCUGGUCAUUCUUCUGUUUGUUUAGUUGUUUGUAUAUGUAAUGCUCACACUGUAAUGUGUAUGAACAGUCUGUUGCUUGGUGAACCCUGUCCAUUUUCCUCCUGGGCAUUAAGGGAUAGUGUAGUGUAGUGAUGGUGUAGUGAUAGUGUGUAGUGAU